AUGGCACAAAACUUGACGAAGUCUUCCUAUCGACCCCUCAAUGAGCAGCAAGCAGAGAUUCGACUGCUCAAGAUCCUGCCAGAAGUCGACGGGUUUCCUAUAUGUUGCCGUCUCCAGACAGUUUCUUUGCUAGAUUGCUCGAUUGAGUUUGAGCGCUAUCGUCUAAGUUGUUCCGAUGGAAAUGCUCCCACCAUCCGUGAUUUACUUCGCGAUCCCGGUCUUCGCAAGCGAUGGACAGCUCGAGCACAGUUUGCAGACAUUCCUUCAAUAAGGCGCCUGGCUAGCCUGCAGCCUUUUACAGAACUUCAACGCUUUGCAUGGGGCGAUUUUGCGAGCCUUAGUUACGUCUGGGGCAAAAGUAGCAGCACAAGAGCUAUUUCCAUUGAUGGCCGGGAGGUCCAAGUAACGGCGAACCUGGAAAGUGCACUGCGGCAGUUCCGCAGUGAUGACGUUCAAGAACGUGCGAAAGAAGUUCAGCGCAUGAAAGAAAUCUACGGAUCAUCAUGGACUGUAGUUGCAUGGCUAGGCAAAAAGACAGACAACAGUGAUGCCGGUAUUCAGCUCUUACGAGAUAUGGCUACUUUUCGAGAUGCCGGCCGCGAGAGAGAACUUGAAAUACGAUUGCAAGACGAUCCGAAAUUUUUAGGGAGUACAUGCUGGAUGGGCUUGCAUCGGCUUGUCAAUCGCAAGUACUGGGAACGCUUAUGGAUCAUCCAAGAAAUUGUAAUGGGCGGAUACUCCGUGUGGAUCCGAUGCGGCGCAUCGACAAUAGAUUGGGAGACAUUCUGCAAGGGUAUUGCGGUGCUUCAAGAACAUCUAUGGCUCGUCAAGGACCGUUGUUUGAGAGAAGAUGUAUCUCGGAACGGUGUAGCUUGGUCAACACUGAGUUCGCACCUCAUCUACCAGGAUCUCUCGAUACUCCAUCAAACGCCACUCGCAGAGAACCCUGGUCUUGCGUUCGGGAGGCUAUUGGACCUAGCCAUAGCUGCCGAAUGUACAGACCCAAGGGACCGGGUCUAUGCCCUACUAGGUCUGCUACCGAGUGAAGUUGCAAGCUUGGUACGACCCGACUACACAAUAUCACCUUCAGCGGUAUAUACCAGGAUAGCUCAAGCGUUCAUUCAAGCCUACAACAGCUUAGACCUUCUUCGUGAGGGUAAUCCAUGGGGGCUAUCAGGCUGCCCCUCAUGGGCAGCAGAUUGGACAUGGUCUGGCCGAGGACGGCAUAGUCGUGUUGAGCGGCCACUUUGGGGACCAGCAUAUCUCUUUCCACCGCUUCAGUUGGCGAACCAACACUUUACACCAUUCCGCGCAAGUGGCGACGUUGGCCAAAAAGCUUCGAUCGGCGAUGCCGGUUUUCUCAGCUGCAAAGGGUUCAUUAUCGACGAGAUUUCGGGGAUCUCUGCAAGAGAGCUCGGAUACUUUGAUUGGGAUCACAAUAGCAGAAGUAGCCCGAGGAAUUGGCGCAGCGCAUACGGCGACUUUGCCUCUACAAGAGACGCUCUGGUACGCACACUGGUACAUGACCGAGUGAACGCUGGGCAGCGACCUGAAGCGCGGCAUAAUGCACUACUCCACUUGCCAUCUACGUGGGAGGAGGCUGGCCCUCAAUUCAUAGACAGAGAGUGGAGAUGGCUCGCAGGACAAGAGGGGUAUUAUUUCCGCUGGGAAAGGUUCCGCGAGGCAAUCGAUGGCUUUGGCCUCGGCGAAUGGCGCUUUGGAGAAUUCUUCGAUAACGAUAUUCCGGCAGAUGCAGAUGAGUACGACUACACGGAAGUAUACGCGUGUUCUGAGCGCAGUGCGAUGAGGCGCAGGUUCAUAACAACAAAGGCUGGAUAUAUGGGAUGGGCACCUGAUAACAUGUACGGACGUGCAAAGGAUCAACUCGAUAACGACUAUCCAGAUCCUGGCCCGCCCUUCAUCCCGAGGUCUGCACAAUUUUUCUUGUGA